AAUUUCCCAUUAAAUUCAAAGUCAAUCAUCCACUCUGAAUUGAAUGCCAUGAACAAAAUUCAUUCCCUCUUUCUUUCAAACACUUAAUUAACUCUCUCAUCAUCUUCAUCUUCUUCAUUAGUCUCUCGUUUUAACUGUAUCUCCAUUCAUGGCGGGAACAAAUAUCGAUCCUAAAAGCGGUUAUUCUUCUCAAACCAAAACUUAUCAUAACCUUAGACCCCAAGUUCCUCUUCCGCUCUCUCAUUCUCUUUCCAUCACUCAAUUUCUUCUUUCCCUCCCUCAAACUACCACCCCUGACGUCGACUUUCUCAUCAACGCCGUCACCGAUCAACGUCUCACCUAUGGACAAUUCCUCAACCAGGUUCAAUCUCUCUCCCUUUCUCUCCGGACACGCUUUUCUCUCUCCAAAGGCCACGUCGCUUUCAUUCUCUUACCUUCCUCUUUUCGCAUUCCCGCUAUCUACUUCUCGCUCCUCUCCAUCGGCGUCGUUAUUUCUCCCGCCAAUCCACUCGCCUCCGCCUCCGAGAUCUCUCAUCAACUCCAACUCACCAAACCUUCUAUUGCCUUCGCAACCUCUGACACCUCACACAAACUCCCCUCCAAUCUCCGUACUGUUCUCAUCGACUCCCCCGAGUUCGUCUCCUUGUCCACUCAAACACAAAACGACGACGUCAAUUUCACGACUCCGGUUGUUGAUCAGUCUGACUCGGCCGCCAUUCUUUAUUCUUCCGGAACAACCGGGAAAGUGAAAGGCGUGUUGUUGACUCACCGAAACUUAAUCGCUUUGGCCGCCGCAUUCUACCAUUCGAAAUCCCAAACUGACUCAAUUGAAGCUCAAUCGCUGCAUGAGGUUUCGUUAUCACCACUCCCUCUGUUUCAUGUCUACGGUUUUCUAGCGUUAAUUCUGACGUUCACUAAUACUUAUACUUUGGCCGUGAUGGAGAGAUUUGAUUUUGAGACGAUGUUAAAGGCUAUUGAGAAAUAUAAAAUCUGUCGCAUGGCGGUUUCGCCACCAUUAAUUGUGGCGUUUGCAAAAUCGGAGUUGACUAAAUCCUACGAUCUUAGCUUGCUUCAGUUGCUGCACAGCGGCGGUGCUCCCCUUGGUAAGGAGGUUACCCUCAAGUUCAAGGAGAAAUUUCCACAUGUGGAGAUUAUACAGGGAUAUGGUUUGACCGAGACUGGAGGCGUGGGGGCAGGGAUGAGGGGACCUGAUGAGGCAAAUCGAUUGGGUUCUGUUGGUCGUUUAUACGAAUUUUUGGAAGCGAAGAUUGUUGAUCCUGCAACUGGAGAAGCUCUGCCUCCGGGUCAGAAAGGGGAGCUGUGGUUGCGAGGAAUAACAAUUAUGAAAGGUUAUAUAGGAGAUGACAAGGCAACAGCUGAAGCCUUUAGUCCCGAUGGUUGGUUAAAAACUGGGGAUCUUUGUUAUUUUGACUCGGAUGGGUUCUUAUUUAUUGUUGAUAGAUUAAAGGAAUUGAUCAAGUAUAAGGCAUAUCAGGUUCCCCCAGCUGAGUUGGAACAUUUACUCCAGUCCAAUCCCGAAAUUGCUGAUGCGGCCGUGAUUCCUUACCCUGAUGAAGAAGCAGGACAGAUUCCCAUGGCUUUUGUGGUGAGAAGACCUGGAAGCAAUAUCACUGCAGCUCAAGUAAUGGAUUUCAUUGCAAAACAGGUGGCGCCAUACAAGAAGAUAAGACGUGUGGCUUUCAUCGAUUCAAUACCAAAAUCUGCUGCUGGAAAGAUCUUGAGAAGGGAACUGGUCACUCAUGCAGUCUCUACCAAUUUGUCUAAAUUGUGAUUAAUCAAAAACCAGGGGUAUUAUUUUGAUGUUGAGAAAUAUAUAUUUUUCAACAUCGGCUAGUUACUCAUUAUCAUAGAUUACAUAAAUGUUUAAAAAUUUAUGACCUCGGAGUAUUUGAUUUUUGUUAUUGCCAAAAUUGGGAGUAGUUUGUUUUUUGUUGUUUCCAUCUGCUCAAUAAAAAAAACAGUGUUAUGCUUCAAAA